GCUGCGGGUGCGAGCGGCGGGUCUGGCAAGGGGCUCGGCUGCCGCAUGGCGUCGGGGCACGGAAGGCUGGGCGGGCUCCUGCUGUUGCUGCUGCCGCUGCUGCUCCCGGGCCCGGCCGGCGCCUGGUACAAGCACGUGGCCAGCCCGCGCUACCACACGGUGGGCCGGGCGUCGGGGCUGCUGAUGGGCGUCCGCCGCUCUCCCUACCUGUGGCGCCGGGAGGAGGCCGGGCCGGACCCCCGCGGCAGCUCCUCGCCCGACGCGGCCCCACGGUGGCUGCGGCCGCACCUGCAGCCCUGGCCGGACCCGCCCCGCCCCGCCAGCCGCUGGGGCCGGGAGCCGCUGGAGAGGCCGCCUUGCCUUCCGCCCGAGGGCGCCUGGGCCGGACUGGCCCUCCAGCGGGCCCUGCGGAAGCAGACGCCGCCCGACGGACCGCGGGAGCCGCCGCCCGACAGUAUUUUUGCACCUGAGAUGUGAUUUCACUUGAAGCCACAUGUCCCGUGGGAGGAACGGCCUGAGAAAUGCCACCAGAGGACCACAGAAACUGAUUUGCGAAGCAGAAUGUGAGCAAAGCCUCUGGUUCCUGCAUCUUCUAUCCCCCCCACCAGGAAACCAUCCCCCCCCCCCCCGCUUGCCUUUAACCUGCCCAGACUUGCUGGAGGCCACAAACAGAGUCUGGGCCCUUGGAAUUGAGGCUCCUGUUUGAUUCUCUUUUGCUUUUCAACUCUUGGAUGCAGGCAAAAAACUCCUGCUGUCUUCUAGCCAACUUCACGCUGACAUCUUAGAGUGGAGAAGAAAGAAGGAAAUAUAUGAAGUUUGUUAUUCCUUUUCAGAUGUCUCUGAGGCUUUUUGCUAUAUGAUGUAUACUCUGUCUUUUUCCCCUCUGGGAUACUGUACUAAUUAAAACUGAAAUGUAAUCAA